GUCGUACCGGAAGUACUUUGUUUCUCGACUCCUCAACUUGACUCACUCAGCUAAACUUCAGAAUGGAGCCGAGGGGAGGAAAAACCCGUUAGUUGGCACCGUCAGCGGAGAGAAAGUCGCACCGUCCAUGUCUUUAAAACAAACAUCGACCCGCUGACAAAAAAAACCUACCGACAGCAAUGUCGCGAGAAAACACCACGCGAAGCCUGGACAGUAUAGACCUCGCGGCUUUAAGAGACCCAGCAGGCAUCUUCGAGUUGGUUGAGGUGGUCGGCAAUGGAACCUACGGGCAGGUAUACAAGGGUCGCCAUGUCAAGACUGGUCAGCUGGCAGCUAUCAAAGUCAUGGAGGUCACAGAGGAAGAAGAGGAGGAGAUAAAGCUUGAGAUUAAUAUGCUGAAGAGUUAUUCCCAUCACAGAAACAUUGCUACUUAUUAUGGUGCCUUCAUUAAAAAAGGACCUGCUGGUCAGGACCACCAACUUUGGUUAGUGAUGGAGUACUGUGGUGCUGGCUCUGUGACGGACUUGGUGAAAAAGACUAAAGGAAACUGUUUGAAAGAGGACUGGAUUGCCUACAUCUGCAGAGAGGUGCUAAGGGGUCUUUCCCAUCUUCACUCCCAUCAUGUGAUCCACCGAGACAUAAAGGGCCAAAAUGUUUUGCUCACGGAGAACGCCGAGGUCAAACUGGUUGACUUUGGAGUCUCAGCUCAGUUGGACAAGACGAUUGGUCGAAGGAACACUUUCAUCGGUACUCCCUAUUGGAUGGCUCCAGAGGUCAUCGCCUGUGACGAGAAUCCAGACGCCACCUACGACUACAGAAGCGAUCUUUGGUCAUUAGGCAUCACUGCACUGGAGAUGGCGGAAGGAGCUCCUCCUCUCUGCGACAUGCAUCCAAUGAGAGCUCUGUUUCUGAUUCCUCGAAACCCCGCGCCCAGACUCAAAUCGAAGAAGUGGUCGAAGCGUUUCUUGUCGUUCGUCGACAGCUGCCUGGUCAAAAACCACAUCCACCGACCCGCCACAGACGCUCUGCUGAAGCACGCCUUCAUCAGGGACCUGGCAAACGAGAGGCAGGUCCGCAUCAUGCUGAAGGACCACCUGGACAGAACCAGGAAGAAGCGAGAGAAGGAGGAUCCAGGCUAUGAGUACAGCGGCAGUGAGGAUGAAGAAGAUGAGGUCGCAGAGGAGGAAGGCGAACCCAGCUCCAUAGUGAACGCUCCCGGGGAAUGGACGUUACGACGGGAGUUUCUACGGUUACAGACAGAAGAUCGUCAAGGAGGCAGAGAGGGGGGUCAUGUGGGGGGAGGAGGAGGAGCUCAACAACGACAACAGCAGCAGCACCGGCAGCAGCUGGCAGAGCAGGAGCGGAUCAAGCAGAUUCUGGCCGACCGACAGAGGCGGAUCCAGCAGCAGCAGGAGCAGCGGCAGAAGCUGGAGAAUCAGCAGAAGCAGCAGCUGACGGAGUGUGCCUUUCAGUGGGCGGAGCUUCAGGAGGUUUUUAUGGGGGAGGAGUCUGAUCUCCAUGACAACAGAAUCCUACUGGAGGAGAAAAACAGGAAGUGUGACAGGAGACAGGAUCAUGCUGGCAGACAGCGGAGUGACAAUGUGUCAGUAAGGCCUCUAGACUCCACAGCAGAGCAGAGAGCCGUGGCUCCCAACCCGCCGCUUCAGCACAAGUCCCAGCAUUCACAGCUUCAGCCGCAGCCUAAGCCCCAGCCUCAGCCUCUGGCUMAGCAUCAGCAGCCCUCGGCGGGCCGGAGGUCCCACCGCACGCUGCCCAAAGACCAAACCCAGCUCCUGUCACUGCAGCACGACCACAGGCAGAAGGAGAAGGAGAGACAGCGGCAGAGGGAAGUGCCAGUGGCCCCAGUCCAGAAGUUAUCAGUUUUUAGUGGCCACAAAGCUGCUGCCGCCGCUGCUACUGCUGCUGCUGCUGCUGCAGGCUCACCUGGCCGCCCUGCAAACACCCAGCGCACCGCGAUGGAGCUCCAGGAAUCCCAGUUGGCCAGGGUGCUGCUGGCUGCCGGGCUUCCCAGUCAGAUGCACUCCAGGCUGGGCUCUGGAAGCAACUCCAGUCCUUGUACCCCCGCCAUGCAGAGAGCUCACUUCAGCCAGAAUGCCAAUCUCAUGUCCAGCCGCGAGGCCCCUCACAGCAGCUCGAUGUCAGACAUGGCCAUCUCCCCGCUGUCCCCUUUCUCCCCCGUAUCCCCGACCGAUGACGUCUUCUGGGACUCCGAGGCACCRCCUAAAGUCCCAGAACGCACAACUUCAAAAUUUUACUGCAGAGAGCUGGUGAUGGGACACAAGAGGACGGCUUCAAGUGGCAGUCCGGUGUCGGUGGCAGACCGGAGCGGAAGGUCUGCGUCUCAAGGAGGCUGUUUGUCGAGCAGCAACCACCCAGGCCUGUUCAAGCUUGAAAGUCCUCUGCUGCAGCACCGCCUGCAGCAGCAMAGGCAGACUGACGACACAUCCAGUGGACAUGCACAAGGAGUAAAAGCUGUUCUGGGGCGGCRUAACAAGGCCACCGAGUACUCCUCGUCCAGCGACGAGUUUGGCAGCAGCGACGAUGAGGAAAGAACCAGGUCCGGCCUGUCCAACGGAAAAGGGAAGUACUUCAGAGGAAUCCCCGACGGCAUCGUGCUGCAACCCCACCACAAUCUUAACCAGAUGUCCCGGUUGGGUUCGGACGACACCUACCUGCUGCCGGACCUCCUGCAGAAAACCUCCAGUCCGGUGCACAACGCUCUGAGCCAGCACCGCACACGAGAACUGAACUACUCGCUUUCACCCACGGCUCCCGGAUCCCCGACUCUGCAGGAUCUGCAUGUGAGCUCAGUCAAACGAAACCAAAAGGUGGCCCUGAAGCCUGUUGGUUGGAAAACCAUAAUUCAAGAUGGAUUCCUGCUUCCACAUCUUUAUUCAUUCAGUUGUCCUGUUUGUAUUCAGUCCUUCAGGUCCCUGCCUCAAAAACCUCUGUCUGUCGACCUGACCGUGGAAGAAGGUCAAAGGUUAAAGGUCAUCUAUGGCUCAUUGUCUGGUUUCCACGCCAUCGAUGUUGACUCUGGAACGCCGUACGACCUCUACCUGCCUACGCACAUCCAGGGUCCCGUCCAUCCUCACGCCAUCAUCAUUUUGCCCAACAAAGCCGGGACCGAGGUCCUGGUUUGCUACGAAGACGAGGGCGUCUACAUCGACACGUACGGCCGCAUCACCAAGGAUACGGUGCUGCAGUGGGGCGAGAUGCCAACAUCUGUCGCCUACCUUCAGUCCAACCAGGUGAUGGGGUGGGGAGAAAAGGCCAUAGAGUUGAGGUCGGCCAACACGGGGAACCUGGACGGAGUGUUCAUGCACAAAAAGGCCCAGAAACUCAAGUUCCUGUGUGAGAGGAACGACAAGGUGUUCUUUGCUUCGGUGCAGUCCGGCGGCAGCAGCCAGAUCUACUUCAUGACGCUCGGACAGAACUCUCUGUUCAGCUGGUAACCGGCGGACCUGCUGACUGCUGGCGUCCGUCUUUUUGAUUCUGUGUUCGCGCGACGAUUAGAUUUGUGCUGACCGACGCUGAUCUUCAGGAUUGAAGGAUUAUAACCUCAGGUCUAUUCGGCCUGAUCCCACUUCGACAUGAACUGAUCGCAGAUCUUUCUGCUUGAAUCCACCGAUCGGGCUCCCGCAGCACGACACUCGAGAGAUUCAGAGACAGGUAACUUAAUCGCUGCGCCCCCUGUUGGCAUGGAUUGUCGGUAGGAAGAGCSUAGCUAGCUGCCAGUGCCUUUGUGAGAAGGCAGCGACUCUUUACAGCGUUGCUGUCUCAUCAACAUGUAGCAGAAGAACAUCCAAUCUUGCAAGUGUAAAAAUUUCAGAACACACUCCUGAACGAUUGAAGUUUUUAUUUGUCAGAUCAUUUUURAUUCAGUUAAUUGUGAUUUUGUGACGUCUUCUCAAAAUACUUUUUUGUUAUUAUUUCUAGAUCAGUGCUGCCUGUUUGUAAUACCUCAAAGAUUUUUAUUAUUCAUCAAGACUUCUAGAUGGUCUAGAUACGAUCAAUUUCUAUAAUUUAUUCAUCGAUACGCGACCACACAAACGAUGAAGUGUAUCGUUUUUGUCAGGAUUAUGACUCCACAAUUCACAUAUGGAUCCCUUUAUCUGGAGAAAAACAAUAAUAACUAACGUGAUUGAAUUAAUUGAUAAGCACUUUAAAAAGAAAAUCCUUUUCACACCAAUGCGCUCCGCUACGCUCCACUGCGUAGUUUGUGUAAAAUUUCUGUCUUCUAGCAUUUUCCUAUCAGUUUCCAUAACUUCUAGUGCGAAGUUAUUCAGUCCAGCCCAGAACUUAAACUCAUCCUUUCGUUUCUGCGUACUGAGGACCAAAAACAAAACSGCUUUGAACUUUUGAGAUGAAGAAAAGUGACAGCCCCACUGUUGCUUUUUUUGUGUCUAUUGUACAGCUUACGAUGUACAUAUUUAUC